UGCGGCGGCGGCGGAGGCGGCGGCUGGCGGAGCGGGAGCGAGUCCGGCCCCCGCUGCGGACCCGGGUGGGUAUCGGGGUGGCCGUCCCGCCUGGGCCUGCUCGGAGGAUGGGAACACCCCGCCCGCCAUGUCUCUGGGCCGCCUCCUCCGCCUCCGCCGGGCGCCCUCCAAGGCCUCCGACCUCCUGACGCUCUCAGCCGGCGGCAGCGGGUCCUCCUCGGCGCUGGACGCGGGGAUCAUCUACUCCAAGAACAACGUGUGCGUGCACCCGCCGGAGGGUCUGCAGGGGCUCGGGGAGCAUCACCCUGGCUACCUGUGCUUGUAUGCGGAGAAGGACGAGCUGCUGGGGGCCACCCUUAUCCUUGCCUGGGUCCCCAACUCGCGCAUCCAGCGGCAGGAUGAGGAGGCGCUGCGGUACAUCACCCCUGAGAGCUCCCCGGUGCGCAAAGCCCCCCGGCCCCGGGCCCGGCGUGCGCAGAGCUCAGGGGCUGCCCUCCAGCGCUCCCCGGCAGAGCCCUCGCCCGGCCUGGUGGCUGGAGAUGAGGACAUCCUGGUCGUGGCACAGAGCCUACAGGACACGCUGGGCGUCGGUCCCGCCGCAGAUGCCCCUGAGAGGCGGGGCCUGGAUCCCCGGGACGUGGCCGAGGACGAGGCGUCCCUGGACCUGUCGGCCGGCGGCCUGAGCAGGGCCAGCUCCUUCGACUCGGACUCCGACGCCUUCUCAUCCCCGCUGUGCCUGUCGCCCGUGGGUGGCUCCGUGUUCCCCGACAGCGACAGUGGUGCCGACGCUGACCUUCGGGCGCCACGCUGGGAUGAGCCUCAGCGGGCAUGUGCCCUGGAGCAGAUCUGCGGUGUGUUCCGUGUGGACCUGGGCCAGAUGCGUUCCCUGCGCCUCUUCUUCAGCGACGAGGCGUGCACCAGCGGGCAGCUGGUGGUGGCCAGCCGGGAGAGCCAGUACAAGGUGCUGCACUUCCACCACGGCGGCCUGGGCAAGCUCUCGGACGUGUUCCAGCAGUGGAAGUACUGCGCCGAGACGCACCUGCAGGACCAGGUCUCCGAGAAGAAGCUGCGCAUGCAGUUCUCCAUCCGGCGCCCCAAGCUGCCGUCGUGCGAGACGCACCCCGAGGAGAGCAUGUACCGGCGGCUGGACGUGGCGGCCUGGCUCGGGCACCUGAACGCGCUGGGCCAGGUGGAGGAGGAGUUCCGGCUGCGCAAGGCCAUUUUCUUCGGAGGCAUUGAGGUGUCCAUCCGGGGGGAGGUGUGGCCCUUUCUGCUGGGCUACUACAGCCCCGAGUCCACGUCCGAGGAGAGGGAGGCCCUGCGGCUGCAGAAGCAGAGGGAGUACGCCGACAUCCAGCGCAAGAGGCUGUCCAUGAGCCCCGAGGAGCACAGCACCUUCUGGAGGACAGUGCAGGUGACGGUGGACAAGGACGUGGUCCGCACUGACCGCAGCAACCAGUUCUUCCGCGGCGACGGCAACCCCAACGUGGAGAGCAUGAGGCGGAUCCUCCUCAACUAUGCCGUGUUUAACCCUGCCAUCGGCUAUUCUCAGGGCAUGUCCGACCUCGUGGCGCCCCUCCUGGCUGAGGUCCUGGACGAGGCCGACACCUUCUGGUGCUUUGUGGGUCUCAUGCAGAACACCAUCUUCAUCAGCUCGCCUCGUGACGACGACAUGGAGAAGCAGCUGCUGUACCUGCGGGAGCUGCUGCGGCUGACGCAUCUGCGCUUCUACCAGCACCUGGAGGCCCUGGGCGAAGAUGCGCUGCAGAUGCUUUUCUGCCACCGCUGGCUGCUGCUCUGCUUCAAGCGCGAGUUCCCCGAGGCCGAGGCCCUACGUAUCUGGGAGGCCUGCUGGGCCCACUACCAGACGGACUACUUCCACCUCUUCAUCUGCGUAGCCAUUGUGGCCAUCUACGGGGACGACGUCAUUGAGCAGCAGCUGCCCACCGACCAGAUGCUGCUGCACUUUGGCAACCUGGCCAUGCACAUGAACGGGGAGCUGGUGCUCAGGAAGGCCCGAAGCCUGCUGUACCAGUUCCGCCUGCUGACCCGCAUCCCCUGCAGCCUGCGAGAGCUCUGCAGGCUAUGUGGGCCUGGCAUGUGGGACAGCGGCUACAUCCCAGCCGUGGAGUGCACCGGCCACCACUCGGGCCCCGAGAGCUGUCCCUACGGGGGCACUGUAGAGGCACCUUCGCCCAAGUCCCCCCACGAAGCCAGGAAGGACUCAAAGACCCCCGGAGAAUAAGGCUCCGCAGAUAAGCUGGUGCCUGUCGAGGUCCCGGCAACAGGAAGGAAACUUCAGAGUGGCCCAAAAGUGGAGCCUGGAGACACUUUCCGACGGUCACUGGGGGCCACGGGAUGGGGUGCAAUCCCCCAUGGCUAGUACCCCUCGGGAAUCGCUCCAAUCAUAUGACAUGGGACAGAGAUGGAAGGACCGUGGGGGGUGUUCGUGUGGGCAGGUAAGCUGGACAGGAAGGUGUGGACAGCACCCC